GGGGGUCGGGAAGGGGGGGGAUCCUGCUCCUUUAAUUCCCUCCCCUCUUCCUCCUCCCUGAGUCCUCGCCGACGCCGCCGAGCGCGGGGCCUGGAACACACGGCACGAGCUGCCCCCGCCCCUCCCCCCUUACGCCCACGCGGAGUCGGCCCCGCGCGCGCGCCCCGUUCACCCCCCGCGCCUGCGCGCUGCCCAGGCCCUGCCCGUGUGUGUGGGGGGCGCUGCCGGCCCCGGGGGGGUGGGGGAAAUAGGGGGGAAAAAAAACAGCGCGCGGAACUCGGCCAGGGUUGCCCACUCCUGCCACAAUGGCCUCUGGGGUGGAAGUCCUGCGCUUCCAGCUGCCGGGCCACGAGGCUGCUACGCUACGGAAUAUGAACCAGCUCCGCGCAGAGGAGCGGUUCUGCGACGUGACCAUUGUGGCCGACAGCCUCAAGUUCCGUGGCCACAAGGUCAUCCUGGCUGCCUGCUCGCCAUUCCUACGAGACCAGUUCUUACUGAAUCCCAGCUCUGAGCUGCAGGUCUCGUUGAUGCACAGUGCACGCAUCGUAGCCGAUCUGCUCCUUUCCUGCUACACUGGUGCCCUCGAGUUCGCAGUCAGGGACAUCGUCAACUACCUAACCGCUGCCUCCUACCUACAAAUGGAGCACGUGGUGGAGAAAUGCCGGAACGCCCUCAGCCAGUUUAUUGAGCCCAAAAUAGGCCUUAAAGAGGAUGGGGUCAGUGAGGCUAGCCUCGUGAGCAGUGUCAGUGCCACCAAGUCCCUCCUCCCUCCAGCCAGGACCCCAAAGCCAGCCCCUAAGCCCCCGCCCCCACCUCCUCUACCCCCUCCGCUCCUGCGGCCAGUGAAGCUGGAGUUCCCUCUUGAUGAAGACCUGGAGCUGAAGGCCGAAGAGGAGGAUGAGGACGAAGAUGAGGACGUGUCAGACAUCUGCAUCGUCAAGGUGGAGUCUGCCCUCGAGGUGGCGCACCGGCUCAAACCCCCUGGAGGCCUGGGAGGGGGUCUGGGUAUUGGGAGCUCUGUAAGCGGCCACCUUGGGGAGUUGGCCCAGAGUAGCGUGGCCCCCAGCACUGUAGCCCCACCACAAGGUGUGGUGAAGGCCUGCUACAGCCUGUCGGAGGACGCAGAAGGGGAGGGCCUGCUGUUGAUCCCAGGAGGCCGGGCCAGUGUGGGGGCCACCUCGGGCCUAGUGGAAGCGGCAGCGGUGGCCAUGGCUGCCCGGGGGGCGGGGGGCAGCCUUGGGGCAGGGGGCAGCCGGGGUCCCUUGCCAGGGGGUUUCUCAGGUGGAAACCCCUUGAAGAACAUCAAGUGCACCAAGUGCCCAGAAGUGUUCCAGGGCGUGGAGAAGCUGGUCUUCCACAUGCGUGCGCAGCACUUCAUCUUCAUGUGCCCACGCUGCGGCAAGCAGUUCAACCACAGCAGCAACCUCAACCGCCACAUGAACGUGCACCGUGGCGUCAAGUCGCACUCAUGCGGCAUCUGCGGCAAGUGCUUCACACAGAAGUCUACACUGCACGACCACCUCAAUCUGCACUCGGGAGCGCGGCCCUAUCGCUGCUCUUACUGCGAUGUGCGCUUUGCCCACAAGCCUGCCAUUAGGCGGCACCUCAAGGAACAGCACGGCAAGACCACUGCGGAGAACGUGCUGGAGGCAAGCGUGGCUGAGAUCAACGUCCUCAUCCGCUAACUAGUGGAGCCAGCGUGGAGGCCAGGAGGCUGGGGUCCCUGGGCUGGUUGGGAAGAGGGGUUUUACGCCCAGGAGAAUUGGGGGGUGGGGAAUCUGGGGCAGACACAUCCCUAGGGAGGGAGGGAGGAGAUUCCUUGGAAAGAAGACCCUGCCUGUCAGCAGAAGAAAAGGAUGGAGCUGGGGACAGGGUUCUUUGACAAGACCAAGGGAAUAUAGGGUCCCAAAGAAAGAUUUCUUCUUGUAGAGGUGCAUGGAUAUGUGGAGGGAGGGGAAGGGUCUUAUACAAUAAGGAAAAGCAAAGACUGGAAAAUGUUUUUUUCCUGGCUAAGGCUGCCCAGGAGAAGGUUCCAACAUUUGUUGAGGUAGG